AUGCCUCAGAAAAGUUUCAUACAUGACAAAAAAAAUGAUCAAAAGUAUUGCAUCAGUGGUUAUAAAGUAUCAAAUCGCGAGCCUGAAGAUGAAACUUUACGAAAAGACUUUAGUGAUCACAUCAAGGUAAGUGCUAAAGAACUUCCACCUAAAGUCGAUCUUCGUCCACUAAUGACAACUGUGGAAAAUCAAAAUCCAAUGAAUACUUGUCUAGGGAAUGCUUUUGCAGGAGCACUUGAAUAUUUAUUAAAAAAACAAAAUAACGGCAGUGAUAUUGAUGUUAGCCGAUUAUUUAUCUAUUACAAUGCUCGACUUAUUCAGGAAGAGAUUACGAAAGAGAAAGUAACAAACAUAGAUGACGGUGCUUCGAUCUCAUAUGGUCUUGAAGCAUUAAAAAAAUUUGGUGUCUGUAACGAAUCAAUUUGGAAAUAUGAUAAAGGAAUCGUAAAUAAACGUCCUAGUAACGAAGCAUACGAAGCAGCCAAAAGCCGAACGAUAUAUGAUACAUUAAAAAUUAAAACAGAUUUAGCGGAGAUGAAACAAUGCCUUGCACAAGGUUUGCCAUUUGUUUUUGGCUUGAUUGUAUUCAAAUCAUUCGAUAAGCAUCAUGGAAGUGGUAUUGUACCUAUGCCAACACCAGAAGAAGUGAAAAAAGAGAAACCUGGAGGACAUGGAAUGUUAGCUGUGGGUUACAGUGACUACUCAAAAGCAUUUAUCGUGCGAAAUUCCUGGGGAACAACUUGGGGUGACAAAGGAUACGCUUUUAUUCCUUAUGAUUAUAUGACUGAUCCAAAAUAUUGUUUUGAGUCAUGCGCUUUUCGUCUAACGGACGACGAUGAUUUGGGUCAUGAAGACUGGGAUCAAGAUGAUUCAAUUGAUCUUCAUCCAGAUACCGUGGAUGAAGAAGAAGACAAUGACGAUGAUUAUGAAAUAAUAGAGGAAGAAAUUGAAGUAAUAGAAGAAACAGAAGAAGAACAAGAACAAGAACAAGAAGGAGAAGGAAAACAAGAAGAUCAAAACAAUCAAGGCAACGAAUAG